UUUUUUUUUUUGAAAAAAUGAAGCUUUCCACUGCAUUCCUAACUUUUUCUGCAGUUUUUCUGUAUGGCUCCGCUCAACAGCUACUCUAUUUGAAUUCCUUCAAGGGAAUGCGUGUGAACAAUGAUAUGUAUGAAUGGUGUAACAUUUAUAUCUCAGCUCAAUCGGAUGAUACAUCUUUUUUGGCUAGUGUAUAUAUAGUCACCGCUAAAAAUUCUAAAUCGCUCUUAAACAUCAUGCAGGACAAUCUUCAAAACACCGGAGAAAUCCAAGGCUACCCUGUUGACCCACCUGCGUAUCUCACAACAUCCUUGAGUGAUAAUGAAAUGAAACAACUCAACGGAGUGAUUUAUCUCAGCUCUGCAGGACAACGUGUUGACAGUACCUUCCACGUGUAUGAUAUUUACCAGGCUCGUAAAAUGAACAUCAUAGCAAAUGGAUAUUCUACAUUUUUAUUCCUUAAUUCAAAUAUGCAAACGAAACCAUCUAGAUCAUCAAUUAUCAGUGACUGGAAUCAAAUUAAAGGCUCGUCCGGAUUACUGUACGCUGGUUUCCCACUAGACAGCAAAGUGAAUGUCUAUCCAAUCUUCUCGAAUCCAAUAACAAUUCAAAAUUCCGAGGUGCUUUUCCCUAAUGUGGAGACGUUCUCAUUGAGUCUGGCGGCAUUCUAUAUUACAACGAAUAACGGUUUCAGUUUUAAAAUAAAGCCAGGAUAUUACAACAUCAAUGGAACUAAUACAACAUCCGUAUAUAGCACAACCGGAUUUUACAUGAAGCCCGCCGGUGAAGAUGAUAGUACCAUAGUUGUUAAUAUUGAAAAUGAUAUUCGAUGUUCGGGAACUUCUGGAGCAAGUGUUGUCGGACAUUUCCCUACUGGAGGAAACGUUACUGUAGGCUUUUAUAAUGGUAUGGCAAAGUAUGAACAAUCAGCACCGCCCGAAGACUACCCAUCCUACAAUCCAUGGACCAUCCCAUUUAUUGGACAGCAUUUCAAAGUUUCAUCAACAAACGGAACGGCUGGACAGUACUAUGUACAAUAUUUUGUAAACCAAAGGCCACCAAGACAAACAACGCCACCUGAGACAACAACAAAAUCAGCUGGAGCCGUUAAAUUGUUCACAUCUGUUGUUACUUUGUUAAUGUAUUGGUUGUAAUUGUUCGAUGUUAAAUUGAAAAUAAAACUCAUUUAUUCAU